AUUCAGAUUUCUUUUUAUUGUAAUGGAUUUCAAGCUACUUCCAUUUUAUUGCCGCCGACACAAAACGUGAUGAUGAUGACGAUGAUGCUGUUUCCAUAGAAACAGGGGAACAGAGGGGACAGGAGGACCGGGAAGACAGAAACGGUAACCCGCAAACGAAGCAGCAGACUUGUGCAAGGUUAAUGUUAAGUACAAUUUAUUUUGGAGGGAAGCAGGGAAGGACCGAAAGAACGAGGACAGAAGGCAUAAGAAAUAAAUAAAUGAAAAUGUCUGAAAGGAUUGUCUCCUGCAGAAAUGCUUAUGACACCUCUUCUCUUCUUCUACAGUACUGCAAUGAUGACAACCUGUCAGCGAGCAGCGUUGUAGACAUGGAGGACCGCCUGUGCUACUUGGAGCAACGUGUCCAGUUGCAGGAAGAUGAAAUCCAACUGCUGAAGACAGCGCUGGCAGAUGCGCUGCGUCGACUGUGCUGCUGCGAGGAGCAGGUUACCAAGAAGAAGGCAACAUCCACCAAGGUCCGUCAACUUUUACAAGCCUUACCUCCCAAGCCAUUCAGCAAUGGAUAUGUACAGCAGAAAAGGUUGGGGGGCUACCCUUCCUCACCAUCAUCACCAAAAAAGGAGGUUUCCCUGUCUAUCAAAAGAAAAAGUAUUUCCACGGAACGACUUUCCAGCAGUAGAAGAGAUUUAUCCUCUGACUCCCGGAGCAGGACAACUUCCUCCAGCAGUUCUUUCGGUAAAAGAGAGAGCAAAUCCAAAGAAUGCACCCUCAAUGCCGAGGAUGGCUAUGUGAAGAUGUUCCUCCGUGGGAGGCCCAUCACCAUGCAUAUGCCCAGUGGGCUGAGGGAGAACUACACUCUGGACAUGAAGCAGGAGCUGCCGGAGCAGAAGCUCAGGCUGGGCUGGGUGUUGGGGUACAGGGGCAGAGACUGCCGCAGCAAUCUGUAUCUGCUUCCCACGGGCGAGAUCGUGUACUUCACUGCCUCCGUGGUGGUGCUCUACAAUGUGGAAGAGCAGCAGCAGCGACAUUAUCUGGGUCACAAUGAUGACGUCAAGUGUUUGGGAGUCCAUCCAGACAUGGUUACCCUGGCAACUGGACAAGUAGCUGGGACUUCCAGUGACGGCAAGCAACUGCAUCCACAUAUCAGGGUGUGGGACUCGGUCAGCCUGAAUACCUUGCAUAUCAUUGGUGCUGGAGUGUUUGAUCGAGCCGUCACUUGUGUGGCCUUCUGCAAGUCGAAUGGUGGAGCCCAUCUGUGUGCGGUGGACGAUGCCAACGACCACAUCCUGUCUGUGUGGGACUGGCAGAAAGAGAAGCAACUUGCAGAUGUGAAGUGUUCCAAUGACUCCGUCCUGGCUGCUGCCUUCCACCCAACUGAGGCAAACAUGAUUGUCACUUGUGGAAAAUCCCACCUCAAUUUUUGGACCAUGGAAGGGAAGACACUUACAAAACGACAGGGCCUAUUUGAGAAAAAUGAGAAGCCAAAGUAUGUUCUGUGCCUAACCUUUGCGGAGAACGGCGAUGUCAUCACUGGGGACUCCAGCGGGAAUAUCUACAUCUGGGGAAAAGGUGGUUAUCGGAUUACUCAGGUGGUGUCAGGGGCCCACGAGGGAGGUAUUUUCGCCCUGUGCUUGUUGAAAGAUGGGACUCUGGUGUCUGGUGGUGGGAAGGACCGAAGAGUGGUACAGUGGAAUCAUGACUAUCGCAAGCAGAAUGAAGUAGAGGUACCCGAGAUGUUUGGCCCAGUUCGCUCCCUCGCGGAGGGGAAGCAAAACGGGCUGUUUGUGGGGACGACCCGCAAUGCCAUCCUUCAGGGCUCUUUCGCUGGAGAUCUAAGUCCCAUUGUCCAGGGGCACACUGAUGAACUCUGGGGUCUGGAUGUUCAUCCCACCAAGAACUGGUUUGUAACCUGUGGCCAGGACAAACUGGUGCAUGUCUGGGAUGCCACUACUCACCGGCCCCUGUGGAGCAAGUACAUCGAGGAUGCUGCCCGGUGUGCGGGUUUCCACCCCAGCGGUGAAGUUGUUGCAGUGGGCACCAUGACCGCAAGGUGGCUGGUCCUCGACACUGAAACUAGUGACCUCGUUUCCAUGCACACCGAUGGCAAUGAGAUCAUCUCCAAUGUCAAGUAUUCACCAGAUGGGAACUUCCUUGCAGUGGGAUCUCACGACAACUUUAUUUACAUCUAUGCGGUAACAGAAAAUGGAAGAAAGUAUAAACGAUUGAAGAAAUGUACGGGUCAUUCCAGCUUUGUGACCCACUUGGACUGGUCCAGUGACAGCCAGCACAUUGUCACCAACUCUGGCGAUUAUGAAAUCUUAUUCUGGGAAUCUGCAAGUAGCAAACAUGUGACGAGUGCAGACGCUUUCCGGAACCUGGACUGGGCCACCUCCACCUGUAUUCUGGGCUUCACUGUCUUUGGCAUCUGGCACGAUGGUGAAGAUGGCACUGACAUUAAUGCUGUGUGCAGGUCACCUGACAGCAAACUCCUGGCGACUGCCGAUGACUUCGGCAAAGUCAACUUGUUCUCUUACCCUUGUUCACAACCACGUGCACCUGCCCAUUCUUAUGGUGGACACAGCAGCCAUGUGACCAACGUUGCCUUUCUACUUGACAACAGUCAGCUGAUCUCUACUGGCGGAAAAGACACAAGCAUCCUGCAGUGGGCGAUCAGCUAAAGAGAACUUGGUGCAUUUCACUGAAGCCUUCUUUCCUCUAGCUGGCAGUACUGCUGUGCCUAAACCUGUUUCUUAACCUCAUUCUGCUGUCUGAGUGUACUGUACUGUACUAUGCUGAGUAGCCACUAGAUGGGGCUGUGGCAAAAAAGGAAAAGCAUGCGUAGAAGAAUAGUUAAUGCUGUUGGGAAAGAUAAAGAAGCUUCUGCUGUCAUUUCAAAAGUGUGUGAUUCUAUAUCUACAUAUAUACAUAUAUCUAUAUAUACAGUGCUGGUCAAAGGACUGGACACACCUACCCAUAGAGAGGUUUAUUUGUACUAUUCUCUACAUUUUAGAAUAAUUAUGAAGACAUCAAAAUUAUAAAAUAACAUGUGGAAUUAUGCACUGACCAAAAAAGCAUUUAAAAAAUUAUUUGGUGGGUGGAUCGGGCCGGUAUGUGGGUUGGAAUGUCGGCGGUUCAAAGCCCUGGGUUGAUCCCAUCAUGGGGCCCUUGAACAAGGACCCUAACCUCAAUUGCUCCAGGGACUGGCUGACGCUACUGUCUCCUCUACACCAGAUCCAUGAGGUGGCCUCCUGGGAUGCAUUUCCAGCUAUCCUGAAGGAGAUCCCACAUAUAUGUUGAGCUCUCAUUGGCCGCUUCUAUGGUCAAAUGCCUCCAAAACCAUCUCUACCGUGUUUAGGUCAGGUGGCCUGGUCAUGUGGUGUGACAGUAUCACUUUUCCUUGUAGGUGGCUUGGCGUGUCCAAACUUUUGCCUGGUACGGUGUGUGUAUAUAUAAAAUCAGUAUAAGUAGACCUGAAAUUUAAAUAUCUAAACUUGAUGUGAUGCACAGAACUGUAAUCCUUGAUCUUUUAACAUAAGUAUAGGAUUUGGUCCUUUUUUCUUAGAUUUUCUACCUGAAUAAACAUAUAUAAACUGUUUAAUUUCAAUGUUCAUGCAUUAAAAAUGCAAUAAAAUAAAAAGAACCAUGUA